AUGGGUCAUCCGCAGCUCCACCUUCAAGUUCCAUCGUCUACCUCGGCGACCGGCCUUCCAGGCAGCAACGGUAACGGUACGGCUUCUCUGCGGCAUCGACAUGACAAGUAUCCAUCUAAAGCCUCCACUAAUGGAUACUCUCCCGUUGUACAUAACAGGAAGAAUAAGCGGAGGGACAAGGGGAAAGGGAGAGCUUACGAGGAACCGUGGAAUGCUACACAAUGGGUCAAAGAGGGUUUUAGACGGUUUGGCGAGCACUGUACACGCAACCAGAUAAGAACACUUUUGAUUGACUGUCUGGUCAUGACACAUCUCUUCUACCCCUCUCUUGCGGUGUAUUUACAAAAGAAAUUUCCUCCUCUUCGUCCGCCCACCCCUCCUUCCGCACAUAAUGUCCAUCGUGUACUCCUGUCUGACCAAGGAGCAGCUACAAGAAAGGCCAGCAAAGAACAUCCAUUGUCCCUCCUCAGCACCCCCAUACUCGACAGUUUCUUCCCUUACCCUCCGCCUCUACUUCCAAGCUUACCACCCGUGCACUGGUGGGGGGAUGGACAUGAGGACUUCAGCAUCACCCGGGUCAUGGGCCCCGAAGCUGAGAGCAGGACGGGUGAAGACGAGGUGCAUAUCUUGCGAGUAGGCUGGGCAGAUGUCGGUGAAGUGCUUGACGGUCCUGCGGAAACUCGACCUCCAACAUGGAUCGAGCGAGAUGAGUUUCUAGAGAGGUCAGUACGGAGUUUUGUCGAAGGCUGGGAGGAGGAACAUUCAGGAUCUGGAGAAGGUUGUGUGAGGCGCCUGACUGUGGAGUCGAACUCGGGGGAGAACGAGCUAUCUCGUGGACCUUGCUACUUCAUGUCGACUGGACCUAGAGCAGACGAUCUCACCACACCACUGGGAUUAGGAAUUGCCACGGUCGAAUCUUCCAUCUAUCACAGCAUCUCGACUCUCUUUCGUGUACCGCACACGAGUCGUACAGACUUUGAGCGACGGUGGACGAAUCAUCUAUCGGCGAUUGCCAAUGCAUCAUCUGGGGAGCUUUUCGAAGAAGCUUGCAGCAGUGGAAAGCCUUCUUCCCGUCACACGGAUGAAUGGGUUUUAUCUUAUAUCCCCGAAAGGUCCGGCGGAGAAAGCAAAGCAGAAACCUCUUCGAACGGCGUGUUGUCGGCCCCCUGGCUGGCCUACUUGUCCUACGCUGCUCUUUUCGCCGGUCUUGCAUUUCAAAUCUCCUACGCGACCAAGGCUCAUUCAAGGUUCGGUCUGGCGUUCACAGGUAUCGUCCAGCUUUGCUGUUCGGCAGUCAUGAGUUUCAGCAUCGUCUCUCUAUUUGGGUGGAAUGGCUGGGGAGCUUCGAUGGUUCCUACCACGCUUCCGACCUAUUUCUUGCCAUUUGUGAUAGUCGUGGUCGGGGUCGAAAACAUGUCAACUUUGACCAAAGCUGUGUUCUCGGUCCCUUUCACGUACACUGUAUCUGAGAGGAUGGGGCUGGCUCUGAGCAAAGUGGGCGUACGGAUAGCUCUCACAUCGUUGCAAGAUUUGAUCCUGAUGGGAUUGACAUGGUUGCUGGUGGACGUGCAACCCGUCAGGGAGUUCUGCGUAUUUGCCGCUGUGGUGGUGAUCACCGACUGGUUCAUGCUUCAUACUUUCUUCCUCACGGUUCUGUCCAUAGACGCUCAAAGAUUGGAGUUGGCCGACAUACUGUCGAGUGCUCCGAAUGGAGCACCCCCCCAACAGGCGGCGGUUGCCAGCGAAGAACAAGACUGGGCAUUGUUAAGCUGGCGGAGUUUGGCCCGUGCGAGAAGUCUCAAAACCAUUGCGCUCUUAUUCUUAUGCUUGUGCGUCGGGUUGAUGCACUCUCGAAAUCAUCCCACAACAUCCACCACAGCAAGUCUGUACGGAUAUAACCCAUCAUCGAUCUCCAUGGCUCCCUCUCCGAUUCCAUAUAACACUUCGCCCGACGAUCUUGUACAGCUGUCCCCGGCUGAAACUUUUUGGCGUACCAUAAACCCUUCGGGCUUCCCAUUCGUCCGCAUAGUCUCACCACCCGCUUCUCUCCUGGUGCUCCCUCGAUUUGGACACAGUAUGCUUCCCUCUGACAUCCGAAAACUACACAUCCCUACCACACGACUUUUGCUUCCCCGACUCAAACCUCUUUUCUACCUGUUCAAAGUUGUCUUUCUGCCUCAAGCUGUCACCGCCGCCGCUCUUUACUUCCUACUUCGUUUCCUGCUAAAAGAUGCUGAGUUACUUGACGCUCAGCGCAAUCGAUUAGGAAGAAAUGAAGUUGCACCUGUAUCGGACGACAAGCUGGUCGAGGGAGGUGAGAAGGUAAAUCGGUUGCUAGCUGGUAUGGAGGCCCAUAUGUUACCUUGCAGUCAUUCGGCCGACAUCGAUAUCAUCGUUUCGUCUGAAGAUGGCAAUGUUGUCCUUUCUGUGGGACUAGAUAACAGUGUCUGUCUCUGGCGUUUCUCGAAUUCGAGUGGAACCACAGGGACCAGGGAAGAAUUACAGCUACCAGCUUCAAACGACGAAAUAUAUAUCGUGGCUGCUGCUGUCAGUCAUAAUGGAAAAUACGCAGCUGUAGGUACGAGCGGGAAUAUGGUGCAUAUCUGGGAGAUAAUCAAGGAUGGUCCACCUCAACCUGAAAGUCCUCAUAAAACCAAUGGCACUGGUAUGAUAUCCGAUUUGAUAUUUGACAACUUUUCGACCAAGUUAAAAGAUACAUUUCGUACUCCUUCGUCUUUCAAUCGUCUUCGCCCAUCAUUGUUUGUCACAUGCGGAUCCUCCGUCCUGUCCAUUCAUCCUGAUGGCACCAUAGCUCAAGUUGUUGGACCAUCUUUUUCACAAUCGAUUGACCAACCCCGCCCCCUGGUUGAAUGCCGUAAUGACAACGAGGGGAGUACGAUCCUCAUCGGUGGGAUGACACCUCAAUUGUUCCGACAAACAACAGAAGGUUGGACAUCAAGAUCGUUUCCCGAUAUUGGUGAUAACAUCACCUGCAUCUCUUCCCGUGACGACUUUCUCGCUUUAGGUCAUAAAGAUGGAUCUGUGAUUAUAUAUGAUCUAUCCUCCCUUUCUCCUUUGACGACUAUUGAAACCCAAACCGAACCUAUCUCACAAAUAUGUUUAGGACCAUAUAGUACGAUCAAAUGUUCUCGCUGUGGGAUAUCCUCGGAAGGAAUGAUAGUCGUAUUUUCCACUUUGAACCGUAUCUUCAUUGAUCGAAUGCUACCCAGAGGAUCUCCCCAAUGUCGAUGUUACAAUUCUAUAAUCCUUAAUCGAUCUGAUUCGCUUCUUUCACCUACUCGAGCAGUGACAUCCAAAACAUCUCUAGCUCGCUCUAAUUCAUUAAAUGGAUCACCAUCCAGAUCACCUUCUUUGAUCCAAACACCAGAUUUCCCAAUAAGCUCUCAUGGUGCUCGUCGACCAAGUCCACAACAUCGAGAUGAUCCCGAUCCUUUUUCAUCCCACAUCAAUACCAAUGGUGAAAUCACCUCUAGUGAAGAAUUAACAUACGAAGUCCGUUCUUUGAUAUCUUUAAUGUGUUCAGAUGGAGGUUGGAUAUUCACUUCGGAUCAAAUAUUAAUGGGAAUACAUAAAAAGAGAAAUGGGAUAAAUGAUUCUUCUUUUCAAAUCUUCUUUUUGGAUACGACAUCUAUUCAUGUGAAUCCGAUUUAUGUCAAUUUAGAUGAUUUGGAAAUACGUUCUCGACAUUUAGAAAAUACAUCAAUGUCUAUAAAAGAAAGAAAGACAGAAAGGAAUUUAUCAUUAUCUGGUCGAUCUAGUUUCCCUAAAAAAUCAGGUUCUUUAAUUUUACCUGUAUAUCCUGAAUUGGCUUUUAUCAAAGUGAGACCGGUCGUUUGUAGAGGAAAGAAAGGGUUAAUCGCUGGGUUUGGGAAUAAGUUAGGUAUGGUGAUUUUACCUUUGGAGGAGAAAAGAGUGGAUAAGAAGAAAAAGGAUAAAAUAGGUUUGGGUAAUGGUUUAAAUGGUGGAAUGGGUUUAACACCACCACCACCAAAGAGGAAUAUAAAUGAUAUAAAAGGAAAAAUAAGAUAA